UCCCUCCGCCACAGUCGCGCCGCUCGCUAAUUCGUGGGCGCCGGAGCGAGGCGGAGGGGAGGUCGUGGAGAAAGAAAGUGAGCCUCAGCGAGUCAGACGGAGGAGAUUCAGCGACACCUUCACUUUUUUCCUCCCUCGACGCGGCAGCAGUCUCUCCGCGGAGGAGCGCGGCGCCCCUGACCGGAGUAGCUGUCAUUCCGCUCUGCGCCGCCUCAUGUGUGGGCUGUGCUGAACUAGCCUAACUCUUGGUGAAGAGCCGUCAGUAAGACAUGGGGCUGUUUGGAGCGCUGCUCUGGAUUUCACAAUAUGUGGCACUUUUCGUCCAGCUAAACGCGUCUCAAGCAGGCGGAAACAUCGAAGUGGACAACCACGUAUCGGGCAACGCCCUUUUCACAGAGGUUCCUCAUGACAUCAUCACUCAGAGCGGUCAGGAUGUGGAGAUGGCUUGCUCCUUCAGAGGAGCUGGCUCUUCCUCUGUCUCCUUGGAGAUCCAGUGGUGGUAUCUUCGGCACCACAGGGAAUGGGCUGAGAAACCUGCCUGGACAACCAAUCAGGCUGUUCCUGUUGAGGAGAUGACGAGGGACGCCACUAAAAUAAGUGUGGUAAAAGUGGCUGGAAGCAACAUCUCUCACAGGCUUCGCCUGUCCAGUGUUAAACCUGCAGAUGAAGGCAUUUAUGAGUGUAGGGUCAUCGACUUCAGCGACAACCAUGCUCAGCACCACAGAGUCCGAGCCUACCUACAAGUACAGCCACCAGGCCCUGGUGUGCAGCUUCACAAUGAGGGCCAACAGCUGCAUAGUGGCAACCAAAUCAACAGUGGGGACCAAACUCCCCAUCAUGGAAACCAUCAUGUACAGAAGGAAAGAGAAAGAGAUGAGCAGAAUAAGGCAGACCAAGAGCUCCAUCAUGGAGACCAUAAGCUUCAUCAGAAGGAACAUCACAGGAGUCAUCAUGGUGAUCAAGCUAAUGAAGGAGAGAAGAAGGAUUCAUCUUCUGCUCUACAUCAUGGUGAACAUCACCGAAAGGACCAUCAGCAUCUCCAUGAGGGGGACCACCAACAAGUCCAAGAGGUGGAUCACUUUGAGGAGAACAAACAUACAAAAGCAAGCAAGAAGAGUCAAGCAAAAAGCCACCAGUCAGAAGUCAAAGGCCAGAAGAGACAUUCCAAUGACUGUUCAUCUGAUGCCUGUGUCCUCUAGAGCAGCUGAGAGGAAAUGAACCAAGGAGAAAGGGACUUUUUGUGAAUGAGGAGCGAAGAGAAAAGAGAGAAGAUGAUAAAGUAAAGGCUGUAGACAGGAAGUGAAAAGAGUGCAUGUGAAAACAUCUUCAUGAGAACGUUCGUAAAUCUCAAGGAGAAACGGACAGACUUGAGCAAUGUGUACUAGUUGUUACUAUGCGAUAUCUCCAUUUAUUGACCCAUGCUUUUGCUCUUCAGUGCGUAUCUUUCAAACAUGCCUAACUUUGUUGUGUUGGCCUAGGUGAUUUGUCUAAAGGCUGGAUUUGAAGAUUUGGCUAGAGGGCAUCUUUUUGCUUUAUCUCUCCGCUUCAUCUGAAACCUCUGAAUGAUGUAAUUGUGUGUGUGUGUGUGUGUGUGUGUGUGUGUGUGUGUGUGUGUGUGUGUGUGUGUGUGUGUGUGUGUGUGUGUGUGUGUGUGUACACUGUACAGUACAUUUUUUGGGAAAUGACUCUUUAUGCUUUGAAAUACAACCAAAUUUCAAUUUCCAAAAUCAGCUUUUGCAUAAAGGUUCACCAAAAAGAACUGCAGCUCAGCAGCGUUUUGAUGUUUUCUGCUUUCAUAUUGUAGGGAAAAAAUAAGUAUCUAUAUUCUACGCUGUGUCUCUCUUGAGUUUACUAUGUUCUGCUUUGAUGUUUUGUAUCAACUUUAAAGUACAAGUUCUGUAAAUUUCUGGAUACCUUCUAAUGUGUUGGUGUGGAUGGAGAAAAUACCCCUCUGAAAUAUUAAAUUAAUCACAUAAACUUA